AUCCGUUGUCAUCAGCUGUCAAUUCGCAAGCAGAAGGCCGUUUCUGAGAUCUACCCGCUUCCCGUGACCUCGCCCUGCCGUGUUUCUCUCGCUUGUCGUGUUGCGCCUGCAACUACUCUUCCGUCUUCUUCCCCCCCCUUCGUUGAGCUGGUGUUCGAUCACCUCGAGAAGGUACUGCAUCAUAACUGACUCAACACGCGCACGCGCACGCGCACGCGCGUGUGAACAUCGCAGUCCUCACACACGCGCGAGUGAACAUCUCACUCCUUCGAUCGCCUGGAGAAGGCAUUGCACCAUAACUAACUCAACCCGGUGAACAUCGCACUCCUCGCGCGCGAGUGUGAACAUCUCACUCCGCACACUCGUGCGUGUGGACCUCCCGCUUGUCAUUCUCACACGCGCGCGCGCUCACUCACACACGCGGAAACCGACGACAUGGCGGAGAUCGAUCCGUGCAUUCCGAUCGAUGUGAGAAUUGACGGCUGCGGUGGGGUGCCGCUGAAGCAUCCGGUUUUUGUCCGACCGGAGGCGACUUUCUAUGAAGCUCGGCUGCACCUUGUGUUGCAGAACAUUUGGCGCGAGCCAUUCACGUUCCUUGUCCAGAAGGACGGCAAAACGAGCGUUCUGAAUACGACGCAGGAGGGACUGUUUAAGGUGACAAGAGGGGGUGUGCUUCUGGGCAAGGGUCAUCCGCCGCCACCACCUGCGGGUGGGGAUUCCGGCGACGGAAAAUCCCCUGCCCAAGGAGACGAAGGGAAGAAGAAGGAUAAGAAGGGCGACAAGGGCGACAAGGGUGACAAGGGCGACAAGGGCGGCGAUAAGGGUGGCAAGGGUGGCAAGGGCGACAAGGGUGACAAGGGUGACAAGGGCGACAAGGGCGACAAGGGAGAGAAGGCUGGUGGAGAGGAGCCGGGGCAGAAGGCUGGACAGGAGCCUUGCGAGCCGACGAAGAAUGGUGGAGAUACGCCAAAGGAUGGCGGCGAAGAUGAGGCCACCAAGGAAGACGGCGGCGGCGGCGGCGGCGGCAAGGGUGGGAAGCAGAAUAAGAAGGACAAGAAGGGAGGUGACGGGAAGAAGGGUGGAGACGGAGGGAAGAAAGACAAAGGUGGGGAUAAGAAGAGCGAUAAACCUCCAGAGAGUAAGGGAGGAAGUCCUUGUGGUAGUGGUGGUGUUGGUCGGGGAAGUGAUGGCGGGGGAAAGAAGAACGAUAAGGGUAAGAAGGCGGGCAGUUCCGAGAGCGUUCCUCCACCGCCACCUCCUCUUGAGGACGAUGACGAUGCGAAGGAUAUCUUGAUGGAUGAUUGCUCCAAAAUUUCCACCUUCAAUUCUCCGUCUCAUGGGCCUGGAUCCAAGCCAUCUUCGAAGGCACCAUCACCUAAACCUCCUACCCCUAAACCCGCCUCUCCUGCGUUCCACAUUUCCCAGAAAUUUUCCGAUCACCAAUGCCACUCGAAAUGCAAGUGCUGCUGUCCUCAUCCUCGCACGGCGCUGAUGUGUGAUGAUCCGUUGGCGGCAUGGGAGAAGGUCGCAGAUGGGCUGCGUGACAAGCUCAAGGCAGAGAAUCGCUCAGAUCGCUUCCACAUCAUCGUCGUGAACAAGGACGGAGAAGACGUCGUACGGGUCUAUUGCGACGAAUGCGAUACCGAACGGGCAGUCGGCUCUGGGAAAACACUCUGCACAUUUUAUGCUAAUCAUCUGCAGUCCCGAAAUCACUGGGAGAGGGUCUUCAUGAACAAGUCGAUCGUGUACAAGCUCGCCGCACAGCUGGGGGAUCCGAGUUCCUUAGGCAAAGCUAACGAUAGGAAAAGGAAGGAUAGUUGGGGAAUACGUGGUGUGGUGAAUGGAGCACGUGUGCUGUUUGAUGAAGGAAAAAGGAUAAUGUUGAGGUGGAUUGCAUGAGACAUUGAGUGACAUGGAAUCUGACUAGAUAGACUAGGUGGGUAGGCGGGUUCUGGCCGACGAUUACGUAGAUAGAUAGGUAGGGCAGGUAGGAAAAGAGAUUGGUACGCAGCAGGUAGGUAGAUAGGUGCGCAGGGAGUAGUAGAUAGAAGAGUUAAAACGCAAGCAGUAAGUGGGCGUAGUCAAGCGGUAGAGAGUUUGGUGACUGAAUAGAGCGUGAAUAACUGUAAUAAGUAAUCGUCUUGUGACAAAAAUAGAGCGGAAGAGUAGAUGGAUGUAUCUAAUCAUGAAAUGCUAUGUUGUUCGUUAGAACGUAGCAAACGUGCGAUAGUUGGAGCCAAAACGUCCUGUGUAAGGACUUGUGCGAUGGGCAGGCCGUAUAAUGUGGCCGCAUGUGUGUGCUUGUACUACACAUUGUAUUGGCGUGGCAGUGUCGUGAUUGCGCCGUUCGAUGUGUGAUGUAAGUACGCUUCCUCCUUGAUGGGUGUUUUCCAUUACUUGCGUGUCGUGAAGGGGGCAUGAUUAGGCAUGGUGGAUUGAAGUGCUGGGGGAUAGGAAUAGUACGACACUUGUCACCCCGCCGUCUCUUCUCCAUCGCUAUUUCAUGGUAGUGGAAGUGACAGUCAGUAGAUGAGCAACCAGCUGCUGCACUGUCGUUGUCUUCUUCCCUUGUCACAACUCGAAUUAGGUAGUGGAACGAUGACAUAUCGGCCGUUUUUGAGAGGAAACUCUGCGGUCCGCCGCGUAGAUCUGCGCUGUUGCACAUCCCAGGCGGUUUGUGUCUCUUUCUUAAUGUGCACGCACGCACAACAUAUUGCUUUCCCCCUUCCCCCCUCUCUUCGUUUUGCCUUUUUCUUUCCGCUUUUUCUUUUUUUUUUUUUUUUUUUUUUCCCGUUUCUGUGGCGCUCGCUCGCACAAUACGUGUCGCUAAUGAAUGGCACAGCUUGGUUAGGCAAAGCAAGCACUGUCGUCGACAUUGCACUUGUGGGCAGUUUGACAUGCGCUUGUGGGCAGUUUGACAGCAAGCAAAUUUUGGGGACCGAUGCCGAUGUCAAUCAAUCGUCGCACGCUGUUGUUUCCCAAUUUGUCGUCAUUAUUUGCCAUUACAAGCUUUUCAUUAGCUUCAUUUAUAAGCGUUAUUUGUUGACCGUAGAGCCCAUUCAGGUCUGUCUGCCAGACUAGGAUAUAGCUGGAGUACCGACUUGUUCCUGAUCAAGUACGGCGAUUGUUUGAUGAAUUCCGACAAGGACAUUCCUGCAUCCAUCUGCUGCUUAAAGUUGAACUGCAGCGAUGACGUGUCUGUCACGUUCCUCUGUACGCCACAAUGCGCGAUCUUCAGCUGCUUGGGCAGCGUAUUUUUUUGUCCCUUUCUCACUCUCUCUCUCUCUCUCUUUCUAUCGAUCAUUCAUGUUGCCGUUUUAUAUCAGUCUUCUCGUGACAGUGGUUGUAGCUGUUGUCUACGUCGGUAGUAGCAGUUGCACCUGGAGCUUGUGGAUUUUCUCUCCAAUGCAGCGUCCUACGGCAGCGGAGGUUCGUGUUCUGUGUGCAUAGGUGUGUACCGACAUCACGUCAUAAGCAUUCAGGCAAUAGGUAGCGGGAAUUGGUAGCGGACGGGCAGGAGAAAGCGAUCGGAGUAUGGUCCAAGCAUCGAACGUAACUUGUGCGCAGCGGCCACGUGUCGCUCUCCUAAGGAUAUUUUUACUCGGUAUCAACUAAGCGCUGCCGUGUUGCGGCGCUUACGAGUCAUUCCGGACGGAUCUCGCAGCGAUCUCGAUCUUAUCUUUUGCUGUAGUCGCCCUGGAAGAUAGUAUUUUGGACGAUCUCCGUUUGUUCUCGAUGAUUGUGCUUGCGUUUCGCAAUCGCUGUUUGACCAAUG